AGGUAGUGUUAGGAAUGCAAUCAACAGAUGGUGAUAAUGGAGCCUCCACCCCGCCAUACUCCCAUAGCUAGGGAGAUCUUUCAGAAGCAGCUCGAUGUGGCAGUUGCUCAGUUUGGGUUGGUGUAUCCAUGUUUAUUGAAGGACCGCACAGUAGACCUCUACAAGCUCUACUGUUUGGUGUGGGAAAUAAAGCUGAAGACUGAGGGCGACUUCUCUUACGCUGACAAUGUGGAGGAAUGGAGGAGGGUAGCAGAGGAAAUGGGCUACAUGGGAGAUAUAAACGCUAUCGUCCUCUUUAAGAUCUACAACAGAUACAUUGCUGAGGGCUACGAGAAGAGUUCCUCCCAGCUAUCAGGAGUCCCCUUUCCCAAAGCGAUGCCCUUCAGCCAGAAGGUUCGACAAGAAGCAGCUCCCCGGGACAGUGAGAGCGAGAUGCCGCGACAGAAACGUGUUUAUAGGAAGCGCAAGGAUAAGGACAGAUCAGUUCUCACUCUUCCACCCAGCAUAACAAACACUAUUACUCCUGUUAAGUUAAACCCAUCUCGCUAUAAUAUUGCUCCUAUAAGAUACAAUAUUCACACCAACAAGACCUUCUCAACCUGUACCAGACCUGCUUCCCCUAAAGUAGGGGGCUCUAGGGGUUCUAGAGGGGCCUCGCCUGCUAGGGGCUCUGCUGCAUCGCCUGCUAGGGGAUCCAGAGGAAUGUCACCUUCUAGAGGGGCUACCCCGCCAGUUAUAGUCAGAACUGUGGACAACAUCUGGGAUAAAACAGCUCAGUUUCGAGGAAGUAUAAUAACGAAUGAGAAAGGGAAAGUGUCGGGUGUCACACCGACUAGAGACCCUGUAAAAGAACAGAAGAUACCUGAUGGCUGUGUGUUGGAAGGUAAAGGAUCAGAUUCUUACAUUGUGGAUGACGGCAUUCUACCCAAACCUUCAGGCGAACCAGAGAAGUACGAGGUGAACCCGGUAAUCAGACAGCUGGAAUGUGGGCUGCCUAACGAAGUGCAGUUUGGUCUCAAUAUGUUACUCUGGAUGACCAAGUCCUGGGCCCUGCCCCUCCCCAAAUACCCCAGAUUACUACCUGUUCUUGUAGCAAACACUGGAAUCCUCGACAAAGCCACUGAACAGUAUUGGGAUGACGAUGGAAUGUGCGACUUCUGGCAGGACACUCAGCGAGACUCUCACUUCUUUAAUACCGGACUUCAGGCUCAGCGAACAAGGGCUAUACAGAUCAGUGUUAUACUUGGCAACCUGUCUCACGUUGAAAGUAACGCUAAGUUUCUCCUGCACAGUGACGUGUUUAUGCAGUAUUUAGUUCAGUGUCUAAGUUCCUCUUGUGUACCCAUCAGAAAUAACGGAGUUCAGAUCCUAGCAGUGCUUGCUAAUCAGGUAGAACUAGAACAUGUACCAUUGUUCUCAACUCAAGUUUUCCAGAAGCUUCCUUUGUAUCUCACAUCAUCUGACAGAUUCCUUGUAACUUCAGGCCUCGAGGUGAUAACUAGUUUGUGCUCCAUCGCCGAUAAUCACACUCACCUGAUAGACAAUCUUGGUGCAGAGCAGUAUCAACUGAUCUGUCAGCUGCUGCUUGUGCCUGAUGUACAGCUGCUUCACUCCGCACUCGAGUCUAUGUAUUCAUUGACAAGUUUGGGAUUACACCCUUGUGAACAAUUCCUGUCAAAACCCCAUAUCCUAUCCACCCUGGUUGAUCUGUUCAGCUGCACUGCUGAGAGGUUAGAACAUCGCGGAGUUAAAGUUCUCAGAUUCGUGGAACGGAAACCCAGGAAGCUGCUGGAGGAACGGAAUGCUGCAGAAUGGACCGAUGUGAGAGUUACAGCUGCGGAAAUUAAAAGUGGUUCAAUUACGCAAAACCAAGUUCAGAAAUCUGUCGAUGUAGGUAAAGUUAAGGGACCUGUUUCAUUUGCCGAACGUUGGGUCAAGCAAAAUCUCCAAUUUAGUCCUGGAAGCAUAUUACUGAAGUGUGCUGUGUAUAACAAGUACGUGAAGGCAGUUAAUGUGAGACCAGGACCCCAGACCGGUGUGGUGUCUCCUGCAGAGCUCUUCACCCUGCUCUCCAACACCUUCCCCGGCUCUUUGAGACAGAAGAUCAGUGUAGGUUCUACUAUGAAGUUCGUGGUGAAGAACAUGGACUGGCUCAAAAGACCCGCUCAGCCCGCCUCCACGAGUUCAGACGGACAAGCAUAUUAUAUGAAAAUAAAAAGCAUAGCCCCUAAAACAGGAAACUCCCGCCCCAACACGCCCAUAACUCAGUUCAGUACUCCCAAACCUGAGCCUUCCAAACCUGAGCCUUUCAAAGCUGAGCCUCCCUUCGCCACUAAAGUCAAAAUCAACCCUCUCCCUUUAACCGACAUAGCUGACGAUGCCUUCAAGUUCGUCUCGGAGAGAAAGGAGGAGUCGGAGGAGGAGAUAAGGAGUUCUGAUGAUGAAGAUGAGGAGUUUGGGAAGAAAAAACGGAGGAAGAAGAAAUAUGAAGGUGCCAUGAUAGUGGCUAAAAUCAUUGUUGAAGAGUUGGACCAAUCUGACCCGAAAAUCAUCGAGGAAUGCGAAGAUAUUGAUGGCCGCAUUGUACCAGAGGACAACGACUUCCCCAACCCGCCAGAGCCAGCCCGGAUUGUCAAGACGUACAGUGCUAAGAGGAGGCUGUCUGGAGAGUCGCCCUAUAAUCGACCAAACAACGCUUUUAAUCGGUUCAACCUGCAGCAGCCCCGCGAGUACAGUCAAUAUAAGAAGACUCUCAUGCUCGAUCUAUCCACUACUCCAGAGAAAAAACAGCGGAUUGAAGAGAAUGCAGCACGAGCCCACACUUCUAAACCAACCUCGCCAGUAUUCGACACUCCUAACUCACCAACUUAUGAUAGGACCUUCGAGAGGGUAGUGUCUCCCACUUUCGACAAACAAAAAGAUAAUUCUUCUUUAAAAGACGAUGGACAAUCUCCGACGUUUGAUAGAUGUUCUUCCCCUGUUUUCAAACGCUCUCAGCCAGACUCUAAGAAGAUAAAAUCCUACAAGGACGAGCCCACUUCCUCUACAUUCGAUCAGCAAGGAUCUCCAACCUUCGACAAGCCUGGAUCUCCAACCUUCGAUAAGCCUGGAUCUCCAACCUUCGAUAAGCCUGGAUCUCCAACCUUCGAUAAACCUGGAUCUCCAACCUUCGAUAAGCCUGGAUCUCCAACCUUCGAUAAGCCUGGAUCUCCAACCUUCGAUAAGCCUGGAUCUCCAACCUUUGAUAAGCCUGGAUCUCCAACCUUCGAUAGGUCUGGAUCUCCAACCUUCGAUAAGCCUGGAUCUCCAACCUUCGAUAAGCCUGGAUCUCCAACCUUUGACAAGCCUGGAUCUCCAACCUUCGAGAAACAAGGAUCUCCGACUUUUGAUAAGCCUGAUUCCUCAAUUUUUGAACAGCAAAGAUCGCAAACUUCAGAAAAAACUAUUACAAACCAUGGAGAUCAAGCUAUGAAGCAGCCUGGAUGUAAACCCUAUGAUUCUGUGUCAGUACCGACUCCCAAAUCCUCCUCGGAGGUUGCGGACCAUCUCAACUAUAUUUCCAGUUCCGUGUUAGAUGAUCCCGCCUUCUCCCCUCUACCUCAUUUUCAACCUGACUCUUCGAUAUUCGACCGCAAUUCUGAAAACUCGACCGGAAAAUCAGACAAGUUGAAAAUCGAUAACGAUAUCUUUGUAUCAGAAGCUGAAGUGGAUAACUACAUUCGUCCUUUGACUUCGCCUAAGAAAACUAUCCAGUCAAACGUUCCCGUUUUGGGCCCAAGUCCUCAAAUCCUAAAUAAUCCGGGUAACCAAAGAAAAGUGCUGGUUUCACCAGUUCCCGACUCCAGAAAAACUGUUCUGAAGACAGUGGUAUCAAACCACCAAUCAGGAGAACCUAUGUCUGCCGUUUCUCUGAUUCCCAUAUCUAUCUCAGGUCACAUCAACUCCAGAUCUGUCUCUCAAAUGUCCCCCACAAUCCAGACCAUGACAACUGACCCAACAACACCAAACAGUUUCCACAACACAGUUCGUCUGGCUAAGAUAUCACCCCAGAAACCAAACACUCAGUUUGUUAACACAAGUCCGCAGUUUCAAGUGCUAGUGCCUGGUCAACAGCAGAAUUUGAUGGUCGUUAACCAGCAGGCGGGAUCCUCUCAGCAGAUGUACGUGUUACCGCAGUCUCCCCAACAGCGUCUGAUAAUGUCCCCGCCAAAUAGUGGGGCUCAGCAGGUUCUGGUGCUGCCUCACAACCAACACCACACCUCACAACAGAUCCUGCUAGCUCCCCACAAUCAGGGUACUGCCCAGCAAGUCUUCGUAUCCCAACCUCAACAACCUCAAAACCUCUCCGGACAGCCAAUCUUCAUAGCAACAUCAGGACACAACACUGGUCAGCCGAUAAUCAUAGCUCAGCAAAAUCAGGGGCAGCAGAGUGGUCACCAGGUCCUCCUGACUUCUCAGUCACAGACCGCUGGUAGUCACCAGUUUAUCCUUGCUCCUCAAGCUACUGGCAACCCCGGGCAAAUAAUCCUGUCCCAAAACCAGUCUACUGGCCCUCAACAUGUGUUCAUCACCCAGCAAUCCGUUAGUAACGGUCAAGUUAUCAUGCAGACCCCUAACUCUGGGGGACAGAUCCUGAUAGCUUCUCAAGGCCAGGUCCCUCAAGGUCAAGUCAUCCUCUCUCCGCAGAACAACACUAGGGUCCUCGUGUUGCCCCAGUCUCAACAAACCAACAACCAGGUGUUGCUGGCACCCCAGCAGACCCCUAACAAUACAGUGCAACAGUUUGUUAUCGGCACCCAGACCUCCCCACCCUCUCACCAUCCCUCCUCUGAACCCCCUUCUAACCAGGUUCUCUUCUCUUCAGCUCCUGUCUUCAUCAACUCCGCCCCUAACCCUGUCAUCAUCUCCUCCCAAACAGGGUCCCCGACUAAACAAAUCCUGGUUCCUCUCUCCUCAUCCUCCUUCUCCGGAGGGCGUGUCUCCUCAGUCAGUUCCAACACAUCAGUAACAACCUCCUGCACCACUGUGUACUCUGAGCCAGUGGUGUGCACGGCUCCUGGCAGGUACACCUACACUCUCUCCCCAGCCAAGCUGAGUCCCAUCAAGAUGGCUCACCUCUCCCCCCUCAAACUGAUGACUAACGGCUCUGGCGGUACAGUCGCUCUCAUGUCUAAUAACCAGCAAAGAGUAGGAGGAGGGAGUGUGUCCCCCCAGAUAGCCCAUGUCCCCGGGGGUAAACGACCUCUAACUCGGAUAGCUCCCCGUCCUGUUCCUAUUUGCUCCACUGCUCUUACUAUUUCAUCUCCUGCUACUACAACUACUACUUCUACAGUGGAAAGAAGUGCCGGAAGUGUCCCAACUACCAACACCACCCCCUGCGGCCCAUCACUUCCUACUGAGAGGAAACGUAAACUAGUCCUCCCGCCCUCCAUCCAUUCUUAUCCUUGUCAUUGGAAAAACUGCUCCGGUGGUUUUGAGCGAGAAGUAGAUUUGAGGAACCACUUGUUAAGUAAACAUGUAGCAGAGAGCCCCACUGCUUGCAUGUGGGCUACCUGCUCCGAGACUGCUGGCGCUAGAUCUAGAUAUUCUCUUAUAUUCCAUCUCAAGAAUAUCCACGCGCGAGCUCCCCUUCUAUCCCACAUCCCGUCGUGCUCAUACACGCGAGAGAAAGUAAAACUGCUUCUCUCCAACACGCUACCCUGGACAGAUCCACGAGAAACGCCCAUCACCAAGUCCCUCCAUCUCCUCAUCGCUCUUAUCAUCCGGAACAUGGUGUUUUUCACCCCCGAGCUAGUGGGCGAUGUGUCCAGGUUCGAGGGAGUGUUUGCUAUGAUAGCAAUGUCUUCUCAAGAAGCUGGCAGAGUGCUGACAGACGUUUUGGCCCUCACUUCUGGUAUUACAGAGGACUCAGAAGAAGGUGUUUUCAUCACCCAUCUGCCACCGUUUAGGUGAUGAUACCAUGGUCAUGCCAUCUCACCUGUCUUUUUACCCCCUAGCAUUAUAUGCACUCGAUUUUUAUUUUCUCUCAAGUUAUUAUCAGUUUAAUUUGUAUAUUGAAAUCGAAAGCAGACGUAAUAAUAUGUAAUUUCUUUUUAAUUUGUGCUUUUAUACUGCACGUUCAGGUAUUUUUAGCUUGAUAUUUUUGGUUGUACAAGUUAUUCCAUUUGUUAGCCCGAGGGACUGAUCGUAGUAGCGAAUUUAAUUUAACACGUCUUUCUUUGAAACUCACUCAAGUUCUGCUUUUUCUAUGAAUAUAAUAGGACGUUUUAAAAGUAAUUAUUUACGAUGAACUUAUUUAUAUACGAAGUAUUUCAUUUCGCUUACUGAUUCAAGUAAGCACCAUAAUUAA